AUAGUAUAACCCUGCGGGAGGUUACUUAUUGAUUCGAGAUGAGAGACGGCGGCAGGUCCUUGUUUUGUCAAUUCGUUCCUCCGGCACCCGGGCAGCAACGAUGAUCGACGCCUGCAGCGAACAAGGAAAUGCAUUUGACCAGGGAGCGCGUCUGCCACUGGAUGGCAAACAUAAAACUGUCUCGGAUUUUGAUCCUGGUGACGGUCGCCCUAGUCACCGUCCCACUCUUCACACACUAUUACAUCUCCAAUGUGGAGCGUGACAGGGAGCGGCCGCUGCUGGACGUCCACCGGUCCAGGACCAAGCUGGAGGCUUACGAGGACUUCAGCGCUCUUAAGGCCUCCGAUCUGAAAAUGCGAAUACAAGAGAUGCUCCGUAUUAAAGGAUCUGUUAGUACGGAACUGAGAGAUCUCGAGGCAAAGAGACAGAGGUUGCAGAGUGAGGUUGUCUUGUACGCUCACAAGAUUGAAUCUCUUAAGCUUGAGCUGGGACGACAGCAGGCGGAGCUCAACAAGCUCAAACUCUCCGUCGAGCAGGCGCAAGUCGCACAAAAGGAAGCGUUACAGCGCAACAGCCCAGAACUGGCGCCGCCUUUGGCUCUGAUUCCCGUGAAUCCCUCGGUGCAUCUUGAUCCGCCUGGGUCGAACAAUCCACCGUGUACCAUGGCGACCUGCUUUGACCAUUCACGCUGCCCCCUCACGUCUUCGUUCCCGGUCUAUCUUUAUGACACAUCUCAAUCCUUGGCGUCCAUCUUUCUCAAAACGGCCGUCAGCCAGACGGUCGGUUACAACCCGCACUUCACCCUUGAUGCGUCCAAAGCCUGCAUCUUCUUGGUGCUUUUAGGUGAAGGUGCCAGCCCAGAACUUCACAAGCUGAAAGACCUGCCAUACUGGUCUGGUGAUGGAAGAAAUCACGUUCUGCUUCACUUGACAAGGCUGGAUUUAAAACCGGAAUCAUCCGUCAUGCCGAAUAUAGACACUGGGCGGGCCAUUAUCGCCCAAUUUCACCACGACAAGUUCAGACCAGGUUUUGAUCUACCGAUUGGUGUAGCAAGAGGUCCUCCAGGCGGUGAUGUAUGGUCGGAUGCAGCAAUGAUGCUUCCAGCGAGGAGGAAGUACCUCUUCUCAUUCCAGGGUUCUUUGAAAAACCAAGAGAAAGGGUUUAACAUUUCAGAAUUACAGUCGUUCUUGUCAACGACAUCGGAUGAGAUAGUGUUCGAUACGACUUGCAAACCAAGCGGGAUGUUCCGGCAAAGCGCCGACGACUGGGCGUUGUGCGGAACAGACGAAAUGAGGGAGAAGCUUCUCCGUGAGAGCACUUUCGUUUUGAUACCUGCUUCCAAACCAUCACCCGUGAUCGGCGUCAGACUCUACGAGGCGUUGAAGUCCGCCACGAUACCCAUUAUUGUUGGAGACGAUGUUAUACUGCCUUACAACGAGGUUAUCAGAUGGAGUGGAGCCAUCGUUCAAGUAGCGUUGGCGAGGGUUCCAGAGCUGCAUUUCUUAUUGAGAUCGAUCGGCGAUGCAGAUCUAUUACUGAUGAAGCGACAAGGCAGGUUCCUUUGGGAGCGUUAUCUCUCUUCCCUGCAAGCCCUCGUUGACACGACUCUAGCCACGCUUAGAGACAGGCUGAAACUACCGCCGCCUCCUAUACAAGAAACCCCUGCGACAUCCAUUUUCACCGAUGGUUUUAUUCCUUUGAAAACGGAUCCUGUGAUCGCUGACGCUGAACCGGAAGAGAGUCUCGGCCCACUGGAACCACCGUAUCCGUCACCUGCUUUUAAGAGAAACUACUCCCUCUUCAUGACACAGGGUUAUGAGAUGUGGAACAAAUGGGGCGACCCUUUUCGACUCUAUCCACAGCUUCCUUUCGAUCCCGUACUCCCAUCCGAUGCCAAAUUCAUUGGUUCUGGAAUGGGCUUCAGACCGAUUGGAGCCGGCGCUGGCGGUGCGGGUAAAGAGUUCUGUGAGAGCCUCGGUGGAAACUCACCUCGUGAGCAGUUCACGAUUGUGAUGUUGACAUAUGAGAGGGAGCAGGUCCUUAUGAACUCGUUGAGCAGGCUACACGGGCUCCCGUACUUGAACAAAAUCAUCGUCGUUUGGAACUCUCCUCGGCCACCGCUGCAAGAUCUACGCUGGCCUGAUGUCGGGGUACCGGUCCAUGUAGUCAAAGCUACAAGAAACAGUCUCAACAACAGGUUUUUGCCUUAUGAUGCUAUCGAGACUGAAGCUGUGCUUUCAGUUGAUGAUGACGCUCAUCUAAGGCACGAUGAAAUUAUUUUUGGAUUCAGGGUUUGGAGAGAACAAAGGGAUCGUGUAGUCGGAUUCCCCGGACGGUUCCACGCCCUGGAUUUAAACUACGGUGGUUGGCUUUACAAUUCUAACUACUCGUGUGAACUUUCGAUGGUGCUAACUGGCGCUGCUUUUAUCCAUAAACACUACACAUAUCUUUAUUCGUAUUGGCUUCCUCAAGCCAUUAGGGACAAGGUGGACGAGUACAUGAACUGUGAAGACAUCGCGAUGAACUUUCUCGUCUCGCACAUCACAAGAAAACCGCCUGUUAAGGUGACUUCGAGGUGGACUUUCAGAUGCCCAGGAUGUCCUGUAUCGCUCUCUGAGGAUGACACGCACUUCCAAGAGAGACACAAGUGUAUAAACUUCUUCUCGCAGGUGUUUGGAUAUACACCCUUGCUGAACACGCAGUUCAGAGCGGACUCGAUUCUCUUCAAGACGAGAAUACCACACGAUAAACAGAAAUGUUUCAAAUUCAUUUAAGUAUGUGCUUGAGCUUUAUAUUCGGAAAUGAUCUCUGAUAUUUUUUUAAACUUUAAUGGAAUGUAAAAUUAAUAUUUUAUUCAGAUACAUUGUAGGUUGUUGCUUGGAAGAUGUAGGUAUGUGACUCGUGCUAGUCAAACUUUUUUUUUUAUGUGCCAUUUUACCGAUUGUAAAGGUAUGAAAAACAACCAUGGUUUGCCAUUUAAUGAUAUAGCAAAAUAUGACGAGUUUUUAUUUUAUUUUAUGAGCAUUAGUAGA